AUGGAAGAUUAUAUUUUGAUCAAAACGUUGACAUUCUCCUUGGUUUCUCUAAUUCUGUAUUCUGUUGGGAGAGUUGUUCAAGUCUAUUGGCUGAGACCCAAAAGCUUAGAGAAGCAGUUGAGGCAGCAAGGGAUCAGAGGCAGAAGUUACAAGCUUUUCCAAGAUGACAUGAAAGAUAUCAAAAUGUCCUGCGAGGAAGCAUGGUCCAAACCCAUGUCCCUCAAGCACCAGAUUGGUCCACGGAAAGUGAGUUUGGGAUGGUUUGAAACGAGGCCAAGGCUCAUAGUUGCAGAGCCAGAGCUGAUCAAGUUGAUAUUAGCUGACAAGAGUGGGCACAUGACAAAGCCACCACUGAACCCACUUGUCAAUCUUCUGCAAUUGGGUGUCGCUACCUUGGAAGGAGACCAAUGGGCCAAACGCAGAAGGCUCAUAACUCCUGCUUUCCAUCUUGAGAAAUUAAAGGGGAUGGUGCCUGCAUUUGUGACCAGUUGUUCUGGUCUGAUCAAUCGAUGGGAAAAUUUAAUUGGUGUUCAAGGAUCAUACGAAGUAGAUGUGGCACCAGAGUUUCAAAAUCUUGCUGGGGAUGUUAUAGCUAGAACAGCAUUUGGAAGCAGCUUUGAAGAGGGGAAGAAGAUAUUUGAACUUCAAAAGAAGCAAGCUGUUUUAGUGCUUGAAGCCUAUUAUGGUUUCUAUUUCCCAGGUUUAAGAUUCAUACCCACUAAAAAGAACAAGAUGAGGUACAACUUGGACAAUGAAAUCAAAGCAAUAUUAAGGGGUAUGAUCAGCAGGAAAGAGCAAGCCAUGGAAAAUGGUGAAGUGUGUUCCAAUGAUUUGCUGGGUUUACUCUUACAGUGCAAAGAACAAGAGCAGAACAGUAUGACAAUUGAGGAUGUGAUAGAAGAGUGCAAGCUCUUCUACUUUGCUGGACAAGAGACCACAGCCAACUGGCUCACUUGGACUAUGAUUGUCUUGUCUAUGCAUCCAAGCUGGCAAGAGAAAGCAAGAGAAGAAGUCCUACGUGUGUGUGGAAAGGAAACACCUGAUUUGGGUUCCAUAAAUCGCCUCAAGAUUGUAUCUAUGAUAUUGAAUGAAGUUCUGAGGUUAUAUCCACCUGUGACUGUUCUAUAUAGGCACACCCAAAAGAAAACCAAUAUAGGAGGCCUUUCCAUCCCAGCUGGGGUUGAAUUUGUGUUGCUGAUUCUGUUUCUCCAAUAUGAUCCAAAAUAUUGGGGUGAGCAGGUUGAGGAAUUCAACCCAGAGAGAUUUGCUGAAGGAGUUUCCAAGGCAUCAAAGGAUGAAUUUGCCUUCUAUCCAUUUGGUUGGGGCCCUAGAAUUUGUUUGGGCCAAACUUUUGCUGUGAUAGAAGCAAAGAUGGCUCUGGCUAUGAUUCUUCAACAUUUCUCUUUUGAGCUCUCACCCUCUUACACUCAUGCUCCCAUUGUGGGCAUUACCCUUCAGCCACAGCAUGGAGCCCCUAUUAUACUUCACAGAAUUUAA